AUGGUUGGGAAGAUCAGAAGAAGAGCGCGCUACAAUGCGCAUACAGUAGGGAAAGAAGGGAAGAACGAUCGGCAUCAAUAUAAUUUCGACUCUAAUUUUAUAGCUUUUUUGGGCGCAAGCCAGGUCUUUCAUCUCUCUGAGGUCGAUAAAAUCGAACCAGACUUGUCUGGGAGGAUAAAAACACUGGCUUUCACUAUCAGCAAAAAAGGGCACGGAUUGGCCGAAGCAUUGUGGCGGUGGCGCUCCCGCGUAUGUUCUCUCCCUCAAAAGUCCUAG